AUGUCUACCCCUCAAUUCUGGUCGACUCCUCUUCGCUACAUUCGCUGGGCCGCUCAUGAGAAGCCUGCUAUCUUCUUCUCCCUCGUGAUCGGUUCCAUGGGCCCCGUUGCUCUGGUCACCCUGCCUCCCAUCCGUCGUGCACUUGGUGACGUUGACCCGGAGCCCAUUCCCCUCUCAUAUCCCGUCCCGAAGGGCCCGCGAUCAAUCCCCAAGGGCUUCGAUGACGAGUAA